AUGGAGAAUUUGGAUAGCUUAGGAGAAGUUUCAAAAUGGGCAGAUGUAAACAGAGACAUUCUUGAACUUAUCUUCAAUAAGCUCGACUUGAUGGACAUUACCAUGGGAGCUUCACGUGUAUGCAUCUCUUGGUUCCUUGCCUCUAACAAAAGUACUUUGUGGAACACGGUCGACCUCACCAAGCUUCAAGAAUUAGAUAUCUCCAACAGUUUUGUCUUUAAGAGUAAAGUACGACCAAUCUUCUAUUACAAGCACCCGGUUGACGACGAUGAAGGCCUUUCUAAUAAUCUUUUGACUAAGAUCAUCUCCCGGUUCUUUCAUGACUAUUUUGAAGUACAAGGCGGCAUAAGUCUCAUGAAUCUAUUGAUUGAGAUCAGCAAGUUGAGCUGCAUGACCCCGAAGAAUUUGUUCUUUAACUUCAAUUCCUAUUUACAAGAAAAUGGUCUCAAGUUCGCUGCUGAGAAGAUGCCAAAUAUAGAGAAACUUGCUUUACCAAUCUGGUGCUAUCAAACCAAGAAUUCAUUGCGGUUUGCUUUCAGUCAAUGAAAGAAUCUUAAAACACUGAUCAUCGCUCAUGAACACUCUUUCACCGGGACAUUUGAGUUUCAGGCUGUGGGAGAGAGUUGUAGUAACCUAACCAACUUAAAAUAUUUGGGUCAUUUGGAAGAUUACAAGGCCAUUGAAAUGGUGCGUUACCUCCAUAGCCUCAAGAGGUUGAGUUUACGGUGCUCUUUGGUUAGUAACCUAGCAGUUUACCGCUUAAUCAUCGGCCUUCGAAACCUCACGAUUCUUAAUGUUUACAAACUCCCGCAUGAUUUGCUUCCUAUGGUGAAAUCUAUAGACGGUUAUGUUAUAACGACCGCCACUCAAAAGCUUGAAAAAUUUAUCAGAUGUUCUCAAGAUUGUAGGAUUUGCAAAGAUCGAUGUCCCUACUCCUGGUCGUAUCUCGCUGAGGAUUGGCCUAAAGAUGAGAUAAAGGAACUUGAAUUCUGAAAUUUCUGAGAAGUAGUGUUUUGUUCUCACUACUGAAUUGAGAAGCUGGUGGUUUAGUGCUUUUUUUUUUUUUCCUUUAAUUGAAUUUGAAAUUUGUUACUCAACGCCAUUUAUACAUGAUGA